AUGGAUUACCUGAUGCUACUUACUUUAACAAUUGUGACUUGCAAGCCUAGUGAAGAUAUUGAUAUAAAAAAACUUGAAAAAUUGAUGACGAGGCUGACUGCUUUAACGGGAAAACAGGUGGAUGAUCCUGGUCUUGAUAGCGCUCUUGGAAGCGCUAUCGAAGGAUUGGCAGAAUUGAAGACAGAUUCGUCAUCAGAAAUUGUGAAUUCGGAUUUGGACAGUGAAGAAGUAAAGAGGUAUUUUAAAGAAUUGGCCAAAAAGGAAGAAAGAAUGUAUAAGAAAGCCAUUCGACAACAAAUAAGCGAGGAAGCGAUGUGGCAGAUAUUUCUCUUCAGUUCUAUAGUAUUAUUAGCUAAGACGACUGAUGGAAGAUAUGAAAAUGUGAACAUUAAGCAGGAUUGGUGGGAAACUGCUGUUUUUUAUCAGAUAUACCCCAGAUCCUUCAUGGACAGCGAUGGAGAUGGUGUGGGAGACUUAAAUGGAAUUACAUCAAGACUUGAAUAUCUCAAGGAAUUGGGAGUUGACGCCACAUUGCUGUCGCCUAUCUUCAAAUCUCCGAUGUACGACUUUGGUUACGACGUAUCAGAUUAUUAUUCAAUUCAACCUGAGUAUGGAACUAUGGAAGACUUCGAACAACUUCUCAAAAAAGCAGGCGAACUGAACAUAAAAGUGAUUCUGGAUUUUGUACCAAACCACUCCAGUAACGAGAGCGAUUGGUUUAUAAAGUCAUCGAACAGGGACGAAUAUUAUAGUGACUGGUAUAUUUGGGAGAAUGGUCACUUAAAUGAGCAUGGUCAGAGGAGCCCGCCGAAUAAUUGGAUCAGUUUGUUCAGAAAAAGCGCUUGGACUUACAUGCCGUCUCGUGAUCAAUAUUACUUUCAUCAGUUUGGUAGCAGUCAGCCUGAUUUCAACUUCAGAAACCCCGUUGUUGUUGAAGAGAUGAAGAACAUAAUAAAAUUCUGGCUAGAAAAAGGAGUCGCUGGAAUGAGAGUGAAUUCUGUCAAUCUGUUCUUCGAAGUCGACAAAGAUGUUUAUGGUGGAAGAUACCCCAAUGAGCCAAAUACCGGUAAACCAGGAUUGGGUCCAGACGACUAUGGGUUCUUAGACCAUAUUUACACAAGAGAUCAAGAGGAGACUUAUGACAUGGUGUCUCAACUUCGAGAUGUGUUUGAUGCUAUCACUAUCAGAGAUAAUUUAACUAGGGUAAUGAUGACGGAGGCGAAUACGAAUAUCAAAAAUGCAGUGAGGUACUACGGUGAAGGCAUUCAUACUGGCGCUCAUAUUCCAUUCAAUUUCGCUCUCAUCGCGGAUCUAGACAAAGACUCGGACGCCAGGGACAUUAAGUACGCGGUUGAUAGAUGGCUUACGUACAAACCUUUGAAGAAACAAGCCAACUGGGUGACUGGAAAUAAUGACAAGAGCAGAGUAGCAUCGAGAUUCAGGCCUGAACUGGUGGAUGCCUUCAACAUGCUUGUUCUUUUGCUGCCUGGGAUCGCUAUCACUUACAUGGGCGAAGAAAUAGGAAUGGUAAAUGGAUUCGUGCCGUGGAGCGAAACGAAGGAUCCUCAAGCCUGCAAUACGGACGACCCUGUUAAUUUCAUCGAAGUGUCCCGCGACCCCGUCAGGACCCCGUUCCAGUGGAGCAGCGGAAAACACGCAGGAUUUUCGACAGCUGAUACGACGUGGCUGCCUGUUGCCGAAGGUUUUGAGCAGUUGAAUGUAGCCGUUCAGAGAUCGGCAGUUCGUUCUCACUACCAAGUUUAUCGUACCCUGACCAAUCUGCGCUUACGACCAGCAUUUAGACUCGGCAGAUUUGAGUCUAUGACACUGAAUAGCGACGUGUAUGCAUUUAAGAGAUGGUACAACGAUGAUACCUAUGUGGUCGUUAUGAAUGUUGGAAAAGUUUACCACGUGGUCAAUCUGACUGCCUUCGAUUUGAUUUUUGGUCAGCUAGAGGUUGAAGCUAGUAGUGUUCUCUCCUCUAGAACCUUCAGUGAUACCGUGCAAGCUAACUACUUGGAUUUAGCAGCUGAUGAAGCUCUGGUACUCAGGAUGCAGGUUUAAGUUACUGCGUGAU